AUGAAAAAUGAGAAAGCAAAACUGGAAUUCUGCUCCUCUCCGAUUGCCACCUGAGCAAAAAAGCAAGCAAGGGUGUAAGCCAAGUGUGUAUUAGAGAUUUAAACAGUGAGGCUAGCCAUGGACACGAUAUCUCCAGUUCACCAUGCCAAGUAUUCAAGCCCUAAUCCUCCACAAGCCACGUUUCAGGUCACGUCUGCCUUCCUCAUAUAAGGAUCGCCAACGUUACGGGUUAUGGUUUCUCAAACUCACCACCCGAAUUAAAAUAAAAUAAAAUAAUAAUAAUAAUAAUAAUCACAAAAAAAGUCGUCAAUUGUUCUAAAAAAAUUCUCACAAUGUCGACGUCGGAGAUGAGUGUUGGGGUCGCGGAGAAGAAGCCAGCGAAGCGGCCAGCGCAGGGAAGCUCAAGGAAGGGUUGCAUGAAGGGGAAAGGAGGGCCGGAGAACGCUAUGUGCACCUACAAGGGCGUCAGGCAAAGGACGUGGGGGAAAUGGGUGGCUGAAAUCCGCGAGCCCAACCGCGGUGCCCGGCUCUGGCUCGGGACUUUCGCCACCUCCUUUGAGGCCGCUCUGGCUUAUGAUGCCGCCGCCAGGAAGCUCUACGGUUCCAAGGCGAAGCUCAAUUUGCCAGAUCAGCAAGCCCCUAACUAUCACCAUCAUCAACUGAAUCAGCACCUGCAGCAUCAAGUAUUUCCCUCGUCGGCCAAUGCCGGCGUGCCACCUCAAAUUCCGAACCAAACCCUUGUGCUGAACAAUCCAUCAGAUAUUGCAGUACCUGUUAUUCACAAUAAUUUUCCGAAUGUGAAAGUCGAUCAGCCCCACGGAAAUUAUAAUUCUGGCGGCGCUGAGACCCUGCCGGAGCAGGACGGCAUGAAAGUGGAAAAGAAUAUGAGUAGUGGUGUGAACAAUGAAGGAAUGGAUGGGAUAUUCUGGGGGAACAUGAGCGAGAGCUUCCCGGUGUUUGAUGAUUCGAUGUGGACGGAGGCAGCCAUGUCGCUUGAUCUUCCAGUGGUGGCUGAUCAAGGCAUUUUCGGCGGCGGUUCAUGGAUGGGAAUUGCCGGGAAACAUCACAUUCGUCUCAAUGGUGCAUGA